AUGUCCGCAAGAGCACCCACCUUUCGUGUAUUCUGGCACCGGUGCGCCGGAGCUCCGUUAAGACCUUCCUUCCAGACAGUCCAUGCGAUCUCAUGGCGUUCAUUCGCAUCCAAGGCCCCUCAAGCUACGAAGCCCACAUCGCAAGCUGCCGGACAAGCGCACCGCGUUCGGAAUACAAUCCAAGCUUCACCGAUCAAAGCUGGAAACAUUGGACAGUUGGCAUUGAAAGUAGCAAGACAGGGUGAUGUGGUGCUUUUCAAUGCGCGUUCGCAGCGCAGCUACGUCCUGAGUGCCUAUGGCCUAUCCGCAUUUUGCUUCGCUUACGCGGUCUAUAACUCCAAUGCUGUCUUCCGGGAUCCCUUGACAGUUCUUCCUAUGUGGCAACAGGCUUUGUUUGGAGGUAUCUGUGUCACGAUGAGUGUCAUGGGUACCUUGUUCUUUACCCGGACCAGCCAUAUGAUCCGCAAAAUCACGGCUAUUAAGUCCCAAGGCCAUACCUACAUCCGAUUUGAGGUUCGCCGUCUGAUGCCAUUCACCAAGCCCUAUCAGAUCGAGGUACUGCCUUCCCAAGUCUCCAUCUCUAAGCGUCUGGUAGUCUCAGAGCAAGCCGCGAAGCGAUUCGAAGGCGAGAGCAAGAAACUCGGAUCAGAGGAUGGAGCACCUAGCUUUUUCAAGGCUCCUGUCCAAAGGUUGAGUCGGAGUCUGUGGAGAAUAUUCCUUUCUGUUCGCCAGGUCUUUACGAGUGAAGACUUCAUCUUGAUGCAAAUUGAGGGUCGGAAAGCCACUUUUCGACUGGACUCCAAUGGCUACGUUUCGAGCGAUUUGUACGCUCUUGGUAACCCCGUCCGGUUUACUGGCAAAAAAUAA